AUGUGGUUCGCGAACGUUUUCGCAGGCCUUAUCGGCCUGAUCUUCGUUGGUUCGCCACCCUGGUGCUCGGACGCGUUUAACGUGGAGACGAAACAUUAUGCUGUUUACCGGAACGAGACCAGGUCCAUGUUUGGGUUCGCGGUGUCGGUGUACCGGGACAGACACGGUCGAGGCUGGGCGAUCGUGGGUGCACCGGAGGCCGAAACUCCGCAAGUUGGCGUUUACAGAGGCGGUGCGGUUUACAAAUGCGACAUCGCGGCCGACGACCGAUGCUCGAUGAUCCAUUUCGACACCAAAGGAAAUAAUCACGUUAGAAAUCCAAGUGUGGCUAACGGUUUGAGCCAGAUCGAUAAUAAAACACUUCAAUGGUUCGGCGCAACGGUUUCAGCUUCCUUGAAGGAUGGAGGGCCGAUAUUGGCGUGCGCCCCCAGGUACAUCUGGUUCUCCGUGUCGCAGCCGAAGUACGAUCCCGAAGACAAUCGAUGGAGCAAGGAAUCGACGGCCGGAAAUCGAAGGGAACCCGUCGGCACCUGCUGGGUCGUUAGCAACAGCUUUAACGAAUCGCAGGAAUUUUCACCCUGUCGGACGAGGUACUGGGGAUACCAUAGGCAGGGUUCGUGUCAAGCUGGAUUGGGCGCUUCUAUGUCCAAGAAUGGUGAGAGGCUGUUCAUCGGUGCGCCAGGAAGUUGGUACUGGCAAGGUCAGAUAUACUCGAUCAGCACCGCUAUGAGGUUGAAGUUCGUAGCGACGAUGUUGUUCACACCCGAAGCAGAAGCAUCAGGCCAAGCGUUUUCACAGUCGUUGAACAGCCGGACAAGAAUAAUGUUCACCAAGGAAGGUCCGGCGAAGGAGGACGAUAGCUACAUGGGUUAUUCCGUCACGACCGGGGAUUUUAUUGGAAACGGCGACAGCGGCACCGCGGUCGGCGUGCCUCGUGGCUCCGAUCUGCUCGGCAAAGUCAUCCUUUUUACUUCGAACAUGACGAAUCCUCGUAAUAUUACGGGCGAGCAAAUGGGAGCUUAUUUCGGUUAUGCUAUCGCUUCCGGUGAUAUUGAUGGCGAUGGCUUAGACGAUCUCAUAGUUGGCGCGCCUAUGUACACCGUGCCAGAUAACCCGGAAAUGACCAUCGAGACCGGAAGGGUGUACGUGAUCUAUCAAGGCGCCGGACCUGAAAAAUUCCGCAAAGUCGACUCUAGAGACGGGGAGAGCAACCGCGGUCGAUUCGGUUUGUCCCUGGCCUCACUGGGGGACAUCGACCGUGACGGUUAUGGUGACUUCGUCGUGGGUGCUCCAUACGGUGGUCUUCAUGGUCGUGGUGCCGUCUACAUCUAUCACGGAUCCUCCGCUGGUGUCCUGGAGAAGUAUUCCCAGGUGAUCUACGCCGAAAACCUGGACGUUCCCGUGGAGACUUUUGGAUUUUCGGUCGGUGGUGGCCUUGACCUUGAUGGGAACCAUUAUCCUGAUUUGAUGGUCGGCGCCUACGAGUCUGGCACCGCGGUCUUCUUCAGAUCCCGACCAGUCAUCAAAAUGGACUCGUACGUGACGUUCGAUCAGGAGUCGAAACUGAUCUCGUUGGACGAUCGGAACUGCACGCUCUCGGAUGGUAGCAGGGUCACCUGCUUCCCGUUGAGGGCUUGCUUCAAGUACACCGGGGAAGGGGUCUUCUCGAAGCACAACUUCAAUAUCCAGUAUGUGAACCGCUCGAUCACCGUGGAUCGAGAUCGUCAGUUCUGUCGCACGGUUCAGGUAUACGUAACACCAAACAUUCGUGACAAACUAACCUCUCUGGACGCCGAGAUGCGUAUGAGCCUGGACGAAGAACGGUACGAGGACAACAGACAAAGGGAUCCAAGGCUUCCUCUCCGUCCAGUGUUAGGCUCGACUACAUCCAGAAAGGACUCUCUAACCAUCCGAAAGAACUGCGGCUCCGACAACGUGUGCAUACCGGAUCUACAACUGAACGUGACGUCCAACGUUCUCAAGUACCUUCUGGGAUCUGGGAAGCGCCUAGAACUGGACGUCCUGGUGCAAAACAUGGGCGAGGAUGCGUUCGAGUCGACCUACCACCUGAAACUACCAGCCGGAAUUGAUUACAUUAAAGUGGAGAAAAUCGAGACGAUGGGUGUGCCUGUGCAAUGUUCAGCGCCCAAACAGUCGAACAACAACACGCUUCGCUGCGACAUUGGGAAUCCUUUGCAGAAAAAUGGAUUGGUCAAGUUCAGGGUACUGUUGCAACCUGUCACGUCCCACGGAAUGAAGCCCAUCUACGAAUUCGAAAUGGACGUGAACACCACCAAUCCGGAGAACCCAUCAACAUCUGAAGACAAUGCGUACACUUUAAGGUUGCCAAUCUGGAUCGAGACCGAUCUACGUGUGGACGGUGAGAGUAAACCGAAGGAUCUGCAGUACAAGCCGGACAAUUAUACCAGCGAGACCAACGCGACAACCGAGAUCGAGUUUGGCCCAGCUGUCACGCACAAUUAUACGAUUCGGAAUCUGGGCCCGUCCGACGUCAUCGAGGCGGAAGUCUUCCUCAUUUGGCCCGCGCAAACUUUAGCUGGGGACGAACUGUUGUACCUGCUGGAGCAGCCGGAAACUUCUGGGCCUAUCGCCUGCGAGGGCGCUAACGCGAAUUAUCUUAGUCUUAAGUUGGAUCAACGCAGAAGACUGUACUCCCUCCAUUCGGAUCCAUCAGGUGUGAUCUUGGACGAAUCACAGUCGGGCAAGACGAUCAAUGUACAAAGAGGAUUCGACGCGGAGCGGCAGAAGGCCAACCAGAAAGAAGAAACCGAGAUCAACAGCGGCGACAGUUCUAGCAUCCAGAAGACUCGUCACUCGACCUCAUCUUCGUCCAAUGUGGUUACUGGCGAGACCAGGAGGAUACAAUUAUCAACGACCGGCGACAAGCCCGAUGUCUUGGUCACCACGUACACGCAAAACAACUCUGGCACCAGCUCGAUCAACACCGGAAAUCUGUCUGGUAGCAAUCGGGGCGUGAUCUUCCACACCGAAUCCGGUGGUUAUGGGGAUACUGGAGCUUUGGGCGGUGGUUUCCGCACCGGUGACGAGCCUAGCCUGGGCUCUAGAGUCCCCAGUCUGGAAGAACACUAUGGAACUCGAGAGAAUCACUCGGAGACGAUCGAGAGUCGCUGGGGUGAGACCAGCGUCUCUGGAGGCCGCACCGCUUCCAGCUCGUUCGACUCUGAGCUGACUGAAAGCGAGAAGAGGUACCAGGUGUUGAGGCAGCAAGAGGAGCAACGUCGCCAGGAGGAAGAACUGAGGAGACUGGAAGAGGAACAGAGACUGAGGAAACAGGAGGAACAGCUCGCUGCGCAACGGCAGCGAGAGGAUCUGGAUCGUCUGCUUUAUCAGAGAAGACAGGAGGAGGAACGGAGGAGAUAUAAGGAGGAGGAGGAACAGAGAAGACAGCACGAAGAGGAAGAAACACGAAGGAGGUUGGAAGAAGAAGGGAUACGAAGACGCCAAGAGGAAGAACGAAGAAGACUGGAGGUGCACGAGCAGGAAAGACGUUACGGUGUCUCCUCUGGAUCAGAGAGCGGAUUCGUCACUGGGGAUCGAGAGGAGACCGUUCGAGGCGGUGAACUAGGGUUCCAUCUGCGUAACGUCAGCUCGGCGCAAGAGCUGGAGACGUUGUUUGGAUCCCUGUCGAAAUCGUCCAGUCACAAAUUGUACGACAGACAGGGCAGGCACUAUGUUCAGUUCAUGGGUAGGUUUAGGACUUCUGCGGAUAAGAAAGAGUAUAUCGAGUUCCAAGACGGUUCGAUGUUCCCUCUUCAAAAUCGUUAUGGGGAUACCAGCUACGUCUCUGAAGCUACCGAGUCUCGGGACAGUCGAUUCUUGAGGAUAGAGGGUGAACUUCUGGUUGACUCCCAUGGAAAAGGUUUCAUCGUUCUGAAGGACAGCCGCAGGUUUCCUUUGCAAGGCUCGUUCACGUACACCGAGGAACGCUCUUACACGUUGGGUGAUCCACGUGGAAGUCAGCAAGCCAGGGGUAAUGAUUACGAGUCGAAGGGGUAUAGCAGAUCCUGGGACGAGGAUUCCAACCACACUGGCGAUGUAGACUAUGAGUCCAGGUACACCAGUACUCACGUAGAGAAGAAGACAGAGGAUAGGAGAGUCAGCAGCAGGAUCCAUGGAAGGGACAAUCGCGAGACGUUCGAUGAGACUAACACGCAAAGUGUAGGCGCUGGCGCCAGGAUCAGACGUGAGAGCGACGUGAUGGAGGUGAAGGAGUUUAAGAAGUUCGAGAGGCUACACAGACGUCCCAGGGACCUGGAGAAAGAUCUUCUCGCGGAGGAGAGUGAGUUGAACGGCAAGACUGAUUAUGACAGUGAUCCUAGGACACAGGGACCGGCCAGUCCUUGCGAUACCGCCAGGUGUGUCAUGUUGAGGUGCGUUGUCGGUCCUCUGAAAAAGGAUCAAGAGGUCUGGAUCGGAGCCAGAUACAGGGUCGACGCGAGGACCUUGAAGAAAGUGGCCGUCCAGGAGAUUAAGACGAACGUCGAGCCUAGCAUAACACCAUCUGCGCCAGAUGUUAUUCCACUGUGGGUUGUGGUUCUAUCUGCUUGCGCCGGAACGAUCAUCCUGUUGCUGCUUAUUUACCUGCUACACAAGUGCGGAUUCUUUAAGAGGAACAGACCAUCCGACGCGCCAGAGAGGCAACCGUUGAACAGAAACGGUCACUUUCACGGGGACGAUCACUGAAACAUAAAUCAAGGAACGAUCAGUGGAUAAAUCCUCACGAAACGAAAAUCGUCGAACGACCAUCGAUCAAUCGAACGAGC